CCUCUGCUAAAUAUCCAAGUUCCAACAUAGUAGUAUAUCAUAAGUUAAUUCAUUCUCCAAUUCACAACACUCAAACAUGGGGAGAGCACCAUGUUGUGAUGAAAGUGGUUUGAAGAAAGGACCUUGGACACCAGAAGAGGAUAGAAUAUUGGUGGAUCAUAUUGAGAAACAUGGCCAUGGAAGUUGGAGAGCACUUCCAAAGCUAGCUGGAUUGAACAGGUGUGGCAAGAGUUGCAGAUUAAGGUGGACUAAUUAUUUAAGACCUGAUAUCAAAAGAGGAAAAUUCACUGAGGAAGAUGAGAAAACCAUCAUCAAUUUACAUGCUGUUCUUGGGAAUAAGUGGUCAGCUAUAGCAGGUCAUCUACCAGGAAGGACUGAUAAUGAAAUAAAGAAUUUUUGGAACACACAUUUAAAGAAAAAGCUUCUUCAAAUGGGAUUAGAUCCAGUCACUCAUCGUCCAAGAAUUGAUCAUCUCAAUCUUAUGACAAAUCUUCAACACUUUCUUACUGCAAAUGUUCUUCAUAACUUUUCAAACACUUUAGACAUUACUACUACUAAUGCUCUAAAACUUCAAUCAGAUGCAGCCAAAUUCCAAUUACUUCAAAACAUGCUUCAAAUUCAAGUCCUUAAUGCCAACAAUAUUACUCCUCCUAUAAAUCCAUUUGGACAAGAAAAUUUUCUAAAUGAAGUUUUAGGAUUAAAUAAUAAUCAGUCAAAUUUUCUUUCUCAAAAUUAUCAUGGAAAUUUUCAAGGCUUUGAAGUGCCACAGGUGAAGAAUGAUGUAAUCAAUGGAUAUCAGUGUAUGAAUAAUGGUGGUAGCAGCAAUAGUAGUAGUUGCUUGAAUCAAAAAGUUGAUGAAGUAUUUGAUGCUACAAAUUCUUCUUUAAAUUUGCUUCCGAAUUUGGUUUCGGUUUCGCCAGAAUGUUCUGCUGUGAAAGGGAUGAUGGAAAAUAAGGUAAACCAAAAUGAGUGUUCUAAUCCUUCUUCAACUUCAACAACCUUUGAAAUGUUGGGAGAUUUUAUGUAUGAAGAUGUAAGCAUAUAUGCUUGUUGGAAAGAUCUCUUAGACCAAGAGUCUAACCAGUAACCUGAAGCCAUAGUCUACAGUCUGAUGAAGAAAAUUUCACUCAAGAAUUAUCAUUGAUCUUUAGUUGUUUAGGUAUAAUUGGUUCAUAUGUAUUUGGUGAUGUAUUGAUUUUUGGAUUCACAUUAUAAAAAGAUUCCCAUUAGUAUAGACGAGUCAUAAUACAGGAUGGAGAUUUUUACAUAAUACAUUAUAUUCAUUUCAA